AAUUUUCUCUCUUACUUUUUUCUCUCUCUCGCAGACAUUAAUAAAAGAAGAGAAUGUGUCAACUAAAUCGUGUCAGAAACGAAGUAACAAUACCCUUACUCCCAAAAAUACCUCAUCACGAGAAACUGCAUGUACUUAAAAAUUACACUGCUUCCUUUUCCCUCUUCGCAAAUGAAGCAAUCUCAAUAGCAAGAAUCUCUCUCCCAUUGGUGUUCACAGGUCUCCUCCUUUACUUCCGCUCCUUCGUCUCUCUGUUUUUCCUAGGCCGUCUCGGUGACCACACACUCGCUGGCGGCUCCCUGGCCCUUGCAUUCGCCAACAUAACCGGUUACUCUCUCUUCUCCGGUUUAACCAUGGGAGUUGAAUCAAUCUGCUCUCAAGCUUUCGGUGCAAAACGCUAUAGCCUCGUGAUGGCUACGAUCCGGCGAGGAAUCAUUCUCCUCCUCUUCACAUCUCUCCCUGUUUUUCUUCUCUGGGUCAACAUCGACAAGAUUCUUAAAACGUUGAAACAUGACGAGGAUCUCGCGUCCGAAGCUCACACCUUUCUGCUUUACUCUGUUCCUGAUCUCAUCGCUCAAUCUUUCUUACACCCAUUAAGAGUUUAUCUCAGAACACAGUCAAAGACUCUCCCUUUAUCAAUCUGCACGGCGGUCGCGAGUGUUCUCCACUUGCCAAUCACGUUCUUCCUCGUGUCGUAUCUUGGUUUGGGCAUUAAAGGUAUCGCCCUGAGUGGGGUUGUAUCGAACUUCAACCUUGUCGUUUUUCUCUUCAUCUACAUCGCCUUAUUUGAAGAAAAGCUAAGCAACGUCGACGAGGAAGGUGAGGUUUCAGAGGAGUCGUGUGAAGAUAGUGUGAGAGAAUGGAGGAAACUACUCGGUCUGGCCAUACCGAGUUGCGUGUCGGUUUGUCUCGAAUGGUGGUGCUAUGAGAUCAUGAUUGUGCUCUGUGGGUUACUUAUAAACCCUAAAGCAACCAUUGCUUCAAUGGGGAUUCUCAUCCAAAUCACUUCUCUUGUCUACAUUUUCCCUAACUCCUUGAGCUUCGGAGUUUCGACUCGGGUCGGAAACGAGCUGGGUUCGAACCAGCCACAGAGAGCGAGAAGAGCUGCUAUUGUUGGACUCGGUCUCAGUAUCGCUCUAGGGUUUACGGCUUUCACGUUCACCUUCUCAGUCAGAAACAUGUGGGCGAGGCUUUUCACGGAUGAUGAGGAAAUCAUUAAGUUAACUUUGAUGGUUCUGCCAAUUGUUGGCCUUUGCGAGCUUGGGAACUGCCCUCAGACCACGGGGUGCGGCGUCCUCAGAGGCUCAGCGAGGCCGAGGAUCGGAGCUAACAUUAAUUUGGCUGCGUUUUAUGUGGUUGGGAUGCCAAUGGGAAUUGUUAUCACGUUUUGGUUUGGGUUUGGAUUCAAGGGACUUUGGCUUGGGAUGCUCGCGGCGCAGAUAGCGUGUGUGAUUGGUAUGAUGGUGGUGACGUGUAGGACUAAUUGGCAAUUGGAGGCGGCAAGGGCUAGAGAGCUCACGGCACUGGAUUGUGUAAGAGGUAGCGACGACAAAGACGUGGAGGUUGGGAAGGUUGAUUAUUAGGAAGGAAUGAGUCAAAGGAGGUCUUUAGGAUAGAAGACUGUUUUAUUUUUUAACUUUCAUUAGGAUUAGUUGAUUAAUUUUUUUCUCUAAUUUGAAGGAUACAUCUGUUAUUUGAUCUUGCUACAUAAAUAUUCCGGUUUAACAUAAUACGAAAUAUAGAUUCGUAUCCACUAAAAAAAUAGUAAAUUAAUUUGUAGGAAUAUCCCUUUUUAAGCAUUCAAAGGGCACUGUCUCUACAAAAGAACCAAAGUAAACUCACU